AUGACCACAAUCAAUGCCCAGGAUAGCUACCAAGGGUCCUAUCGGGCGGGGACGAUCGCGAUGACUGUCCUGGGCGUCCUGUUCGUAAUUUUACGACUUUUGGCGCGGUGGAAGAAGUCACUGAAGCCAGGUCUGGAUGACUAUGUUAUCAUGGCCGCUUUGGUUCCUUUCUUGACUCUCGUUGGAUUGAUGCUAGCCUUAACUAAUUAUGGCAUGGGAUUACAUUCUGAAAUCUUGCCAAUGGAAAGCAUCAUAAUGAUUGCAAAGCUCCUGGUGGUAUUUGAGUGCAUCUACGUCACAACGAUAGCAGUCACCAAAGUUUCUAUCCUGCUUAUGUACUGUCGCAUCUUCCCCACGAGAGAAAUCCGCAUUGCCUCCAUGAUCCUGGGCGGGAUAUCCCUCGCGUGGGGCAUCGCUAUUAUCCUCGUGUGCAUCUUCCAAUGCACUCCGAUUGCGCGAGCCUGGGACACACGCAUUCCCGGCACCUGUAUCAACCUCAAAGCCUCGUUCAUCGGAAAUGCAGUACCCAAUAUUGUCACCGACAUUCUCAUUCUGUCUCUACCGGUACGGGUGGUGUGGGGACUACACGCAAGCCUCACACACCGACUAUCCGUGAUUGGAAUCUUUCUGCUGGGUAGUUUCGUUAUCUUCACCAGUAUCUAUCGCUUCACUACUCUUUUUGAAUUCAACCCGGCGGAUAUCGCCUGGACACUCGGAAAGUCUUGCACCUGGUGUAUCGUUGAAAGCUCAACGGGUAUUAUCUCCGCCUGCAUGCCAACCCUGCGCCCGUUGUUCUUGAUGGUUUCAUCCAAAUUCUCCAGCCGGUCUGGUACACAAAGAACACGAACGACAGAUGUCGACCACUCUAAAGGUUAUGAGCUGCACAAUUCUGCCCUACGACCGUCUGAUGAGCCGCGUAAUAAAACUAGAGUACAGCUGGAUGUGUCCCAUGCCGACGAUGGGUCUGAGGAUGAGGUGCCGUUGAAUUCCAUUCGAGUUCAACAGGAUAUGACAUGGCAAGAAUCCAGGGGUAGUUCCUUUCGAGGAUAUAAAUAA